AUGUCAAAUACAGCCUUUUCAGACACACCUAUUCCUCAUGUCCCCGCCGAGGCACCUCUUCGGGUCAAUGCCUUGCGUAUCUUGGGCACAAAUGCCACACGCAACUCGUUCUUGAACAGCGUCACUUCAAAUGUGUUCAAUGCUGAUACUACUGAACAAGUGCUCAAGCGAGUGCAAGAUAUUGCUGCACAAUUGCAAAAGCACGACAUUUUCGAUGAAAUCAAGAUCUACCUUGAUACUAACCACGAGAUUGCUGAUACUGUCGAUGUGACACUCCAUCUGAAGGAAAAAGAUAAGGGUUUGUUCGAGACCAAGGUCAAUGUUGGAAACAAUCAAGCUGAAUUGAACGGUGGUGUUGGCUUGCGCAACAUUUUCGGUGGUGCUGAAUCCGUCUCUGCCAAUUUUGCAUUCGGUAAUCGCACAAAGGCUUCAGUUGAGGGUGCCAUUGAAACACCUUUCCGUGGAAAUGCUAAUACUAAGAUUGGUGUGUUUGUAAAUGGCUCUAUCAGAGACCAUUCUCAAAUCAACGCCUACAAGGAAAGCGCAAAGGCAACUGGUGUUCGUCUCAAGGGUUGGACUCAAUACGGUGAGCACGAAGUCGCUUAUGCCGUAACACAUAGAGACGUUCUUGCUUUGCCUACAGCCACUGCAGGUGUUCGCAGUCAAUCAGGUACCAACGAAAAGUCGUCUGUAUUCCAUUCAUUUGUCCGUGAUCAGCGCGAUGAUGCUGUGCUUCCUACCAAAGGUCAUUAUCUUGGCAUCUUUCAAGAAUUAGCCGGUUUGGGUGGCCGUGGUGAUACCAACUACUUGAAGCAUGAAUUGAAUGCGUCUUGUCAUCAGUCAUUGAUCGACAGCAAGAGCAAGGACGACGCCAAGUUCAUUCUUAGCACGAGCUUCAGAGCUGGUUUGUUUUCUACCGUGUUGGACGCUCCCAAGGGCAGCGAUGGGCCCAAAAUCUCUGAUCGUUUCUACGUGGGUGGCCCUACAUCUGUCAGAGGCUUCAAGAUGGGCGGUAUUAGAGAGACAGAGGAACCUGUUGGUGGAGAGGGCUAUUGGGCUGCUGGUGCUAGCUUGAUUGCCUCUGUUCCUGGAUUGACUCAUUUACCUGUGAAAGCUCAUGCCUUUGCCAAUGCUGGUAGUAUUGUCUCCAGCACCAAGGGUGUCAGCGUUGGUGACACUAUCAAGGCUCUCAGUGAGACUCCUCGUACUUCUGCUGGUUUUGGUCUGAUUUUCCACCACAGCAUUGCUAGAAUCGAACUCAACUACUGUAUACCUUUGAAAUAUAGCUCCACAGAUUUACCUGAACCCAAGUUCCAAUUUGGAUUUGGUCUUAACUUUUUGUAA